CACAGCGGACAUUAAGUGAAACUAAAGGAAUCAAAAUCACAUCACAGAAAGCACAGAAAAUUAAACCAACACUACCAAGUGACAAGUUUGCCAUUCUUGCAACACAAAAAAAUACCAAGGAAUUAUCUGCCACAUAUGGCAACAGAGAGUGAAGGGAAAAAUAUUAAAUAUGUCUAAAAAAAAUAGUCGUAGAAUUUUUUCAUCCGGCGAGGAUAAGGAUCAAACUCAAGACAGCAAACCACAAAUGUGCGAAAACGUUGGGUUUGUUGAUGCGGAAAGUGUCCACCUUCACGCAUGCCGGCGUGAGGAGUGCUCAACCAAAAACUUCGAAGCAAUCUCAGGCACGCUGCGCAGUGUGGGGACGCAAACCGGGACACAAUCAGACAGUUCAACAAUUAAAAUAGAGCAAGCACUAGUUGAGAAUUUUGGUAACGAACAGGGCAUCCCGAAGACGAAUGCCGCUAAAUGGCAGUGGCCAAAGUUGAACAAUUAUCCAAAGGUGAAGAAGGAAGCACCGGAAGCAAGCAUGGUGCUGGCAUCCAGAGCCGUAUAUCCAUUUCGCAUUGUAAAUCGGAUGGGGUUUCAAUUCCCAUGGGCCACUCUCGAACGUCAACGGUGCAAGCGCCCCUGUGUCCACACGGCUAACGUAACCUCGAUUCCAUUGGAGUCGGUGAAGAUCUACAUUGGUAACCUGAGCCCACUUGUCAAACAGGAGGACAUCGGCCAGAUCUUUGGGCACUUCGGGGAGAUGCGAACGGUCGAGUUUCCUACCGACCGAAACCCCAUCAAUCCCCAGGGACGUGGCUUUGCCUUUGUGCAGUACGUCUGCCCAAGUGACUGCGCACGGGCCAUAGACUACAUGAACGGUUGCAAAUUCGGUGACACGUUUAUUGUGGUGUCGAAGAUCCACAAGAAACCGGUCCAUUAUAACAAUAUUCGCUACGAUACGCUUUCACCGCGUUCUCAUCGUUCGCAUCGUUCUAAUCGUGAUGACAGCCGCAGGCACCGUUUCCCAUCGUCCUACCACAAUUCAAGCUGGAAUAGACGUGAACUUUCCCGAUUGCCCAUGCGUCAGCGUGCUGUAUCGCCUUCGAGCAUGAGUGUUCUCCAGUCUCGACAUAGGGCCGCCUAUUCACCUAUCACACCAUCAAAACGCAGUCGACGCACUAACCCAGCCACUACGGGCGGUCCCGUGAUGGGACUGGGUGCGCCCAAGCAGGAAAAUCUGCAGCCUUUCUUAGCGAUCAAGCUGGAGAACACUGACGAUGCGGUGAUGUAUCCGCAGUCUCCAGGCACAGCAACUCCUCAGAAUCUGCAGCCUCUCUUAGCGAUCAAGCUGGAGAACACUGAUGAUGCGGUGAUGUAUCCGCAGUCUCCAGGCACAGCAACUCCUCAGAAUCUGCAGCCUCUCUUAGCGAUCAAGCAGGAGAACACUGACGAUGCGGUGAUGUAUCCCCAGUCACCAGGCACAGCAACUCCUCAAAAUCUGCAGCCUCUCUUAGCGAUCAAGCAGGAGAACACUGACGAUGCGAUGAUGUAUCCGCAGUCUCCAGGCACAGCAACUCCUCAGAAUCUCCAGCCUCUCUUAGCGAUCAAGCUGGAGAACACUGACGAUGCGGUGAUGUAUCCCCAGUCACCAGGCACAGCAACUCCUCAAAAUCUGCAGCCUCUCUUAGCGAUCAAGCUGGAGAACACUGACGAUGCGAUGAUGUAUCCCCAGUCUCCAGGCACAGCAACUCCUCAGAAUCUGCAGCCUCUCUUGGUGCCCAUGCUGGAGAACACUGACGAUGCGGUGAUGUACCCGCAGUCUCCAGGAACAGCAACUCCUCAGAAUCUGCAGCCUCUCUUGGCGAUCAAGCUGGAGAACACUGACAAUGCGGUGAUGUAUCGCAAGUCUGCGCACAGAGCAUACAUCGAGAAGUUCAUGAAUCGCUGUUCCAAUGCAAAAAAAAAAGAAGCAAUCGCCGAUUUGCUGGCCGCGAGCACGAUGUUAAGAGUAAAAGGUGAAAGGUUGCUAAAGCUUUGUCAACGCUCCUCCCGCUCCGGCAAUUCCAAUCAAGACACCCAAUAAAAAUCGCUGUCAUCCCGAAGACGAAUGCCGCUAAAUGACAGUGGCCAAAGUUGAACAAUUAUCCAAAGGUGAAGAAGGAAGCACCGGAAGCACUUUUGCUGUGACCCAGAAAAAUUGACUCGAAGCUCAAAGCUCGGACACACUCCGCCACACUCCGCCACAUACAAGCCCUUCAAUGGGAGGACUCUGUAAAUGAUGCUACAUUUAAUAAACAAA